AUGUCGUCCGGCGACGAUGAGAGCGCCUCCAGGCUCCAUCGCCGGGAGAAGGACGAGGACAGGGACCGCGACCGCUACCACUCCUCCUCCCGCCGACGCCACGACCACUCCUCCUUACGCCACCACAGGGACGGCGAUCGCGAUCGCGACCGCCACCACAGGAACAAGGAGCGGGAUCGGGAGGAGCACAAGGCGCGGGAGCGAGCGGAGGAGAAGGAGAAGGAGAGGCAGCGUCAGGAGGAGCGGCACGGGGAGAAGAAGUCGAGGAGGCGGAAUGAGUUCGAUGACGAGGAGAACGAAGACGGUGAACGCCAUCGCAAGAGCCGCCGCCGUUCCUCGCACUCGCACCACCGAGAUCCGGAGCCGGAGCAGCGGCGGCAGAAAAAGAAGAUGGAGGAAGACGCGGAUGCCGAGCAGCGGCGGCAGAAGAAGAAGAUGGAGGAAGACGCGGAUGCCGAGCAGCAGGGGCAGAAGAAGAAGAUGGAGGAAGACAUGGGGGGCGAGCGGCUCGAGGACGAGAUGGAGCGGCGCCGGCGCCGCGUCAGGGAGUGGCAGGAGAAGAAGCGCCUUGAGCAGCAGGAGGACGGUGCCGGCGGUGUCGAGGCUGAUGGCGCCGGCAAGUCCGGGGCGAAGUGGAGCUUGGACGGCGAGGAGUCGGAUGAGGACGCCGGCGCCGGGACAGACGCCAUGGACGUCGACGUGCCGAACGGGGAAACUAGCGGGGCUAGCAUGGAGGAGGACGAGAUUGACCCCCUCGACGCGUUCAUGAACUCCAUACAGUUGUCGCCGGCGACAACAUUGAGGGAGAGCGCGGUUGCUUAUUACGGGGAGUAUCAUGCAGGCGGCAUGGUCUCCAACGAUGCCACCGGCAAUGUCGAUAAGAAAACGCCGAUGGAAGCAGCACCCACGGGGAGAAUCAUGCAAGGGGACGAAUCUGACUCGGAUUACAGCGACGAGGACCCUGAGGGUGGAUCGGAGCUGAUAAACCUUGUCAAGAAGACCAAGGCAGAGAAGCUGGUCACCGCGGACCACUCCAAGAUCGACUACCAGCCAUUCCGGAAGAACUUCUACACCGAGGCGAAGGACAUCAAGGAGAUGCCGGCCGAGGCCGCCGCCGCAUACCGCGAGCAGCUGGACCUCAAGGUGCGCGGCAAAGGCGUCCCGAAGCCGAUAAAGGCGUGGGUACAGAGCGGCCUGACCAGCAAGCUGCUCGGCACCAUCAAGAAGCUCGGCUUCGACACGCCGAUGGCGAUCCAGGCGCAGGCGUUGCCGGUGAUAAUGAGCGGACGCGACUGCAUCGGCGUCGCCAAGACCGGGUCCGGCAAGACCCUGGCGUUCGUCCUGCCCAUGCUGCGCCACGUCAAGGACCAGCCGCCCGCCGCGCCCGGGGACGGCCCCGUCGGCCUCGUCAUGGCGCCCACCAGGGAGCUCGUGGUGCAGAUUUAUUCAGACAUCAAGAAGUUCUCCAAGGCCUUCGGCGUCAACUGCGUGGCCGUGUACGGGGGCUGCGCCGUCGCCCAGCAGAUCAGCGAGCUGAAGCGCGGCGCCGAGAUCGUCGUCUGCACACCCGGCAGGAUGAUCGACGUCCUCUGCACCGGCGCCGGCAAGAUCACGAACCUCCGGCGGGUCACCUUCCUGGUGCUGGACGAGGCCGACAGGAUGUUCGACAUGGGCUUCGAGCCCCAGAUCACCCGGAUCGUCCAGAACACCCGGCCGGACCGGCAGACGGUGCUCUUCUCCGCCACGUUCCCGCGGCAGGUGGAGAUGCUGGCGCGCAGGGUGCUGGCCAAGCCCGUGGAGAUCCAGAUGGGCGGCCGGAGCGUCGUGAACAAGGACAUCGCGCAGCUGGUCGAGGUGCGGCCGGACGCCCAGAGGUUCCUCAGGCUGCUGGAGCUGCUCGGGGAGUGGUCUGCCAAGGGCAAGAUCCUCGUGUUCGUGCGCUCACAGGACAAGUGCGAUUCCCUGCUCAAGGAGCUGUUCCAGCACGGGUACCCCUGCCUGUCCCUCCAUGGCGGGAAGGAUCAAGACGACCGUGAGUCCACCCUCGCCGAUUUCAAGAGCAACGUGUGCAGCCUGCUGAUCGCCACCAGCGUCGCCGCAAGAGGUUUGGAUGUCAAAGACCUCGAGCUCGUCGUGAACUACGAUGUCACUAACCAUUACGAGGACUAUGUCCAUCGUGUCGGGCGGACGGGCCGGGCCGGCAGGAAGGGCUGCGCCGUGACGUUCAUCUCCGACGAGGAGGAGCGCUACGCGCCGGACCUCGUCAAGGCGCUCGAGCUGUCCGGACAGGCCGUGCCGGAGGACCUGAAAGCCCUGGCGGACCGGUUCAUGGCCAAGGUGAAGCAGGGGACGGAGAAGGCGCAUGGAACUGGCUACGGUGGAAGUGGUUACAAGUUCGAUCACGAGGAGGAAGAGGCACGGAUGUCCUUGAGAAGGGCUCAGGGGAGGGCGCAUGGGUACGAGGAGGACGAGCCGGAGCAAGAUUCAGACCACACCGGGGAGGAGGAGGACGACGGAGGCGCCGCCGCUCUGGCGGCACCACCCACCAUGGCUCCUAGCAAUGCCAGCCAGCCAGCAUUGCUCCCUCCACCGGCUGCGCAGAACGGCGCCGCUGCUGUGGCGGUGGACGUGCAGCGCGUUCUGGCGAGGAUACAGGCGCAGGCAGCCCCGGAGCACUACCAAGCCGAGCUCGAGAUCAACGAUUUCCCGCAGCACGCGCGCUGGAAGGUCACCCGGAGGGAGACGCUGGCGCCCAUCGAGGAGUGGACCGGAGCGGCGGUCACCACCAGGGGCACCUUCAUCCCCCCCGGUCAGAUCGUCGCCGCCAACCAGCGCAAGCUCUACCUGUAUAUCGAGGGUCCCAACGAGUCCUCUGUCAACAAGGCCAAGGCACAGCUCAAGAGUGUCGUUGAGGAUUGCGCCAACCAGGCGCUCAACCUGCCCGCCGGGAAGUACUCUGUCAUCUGAUCUGCAGGUGUAAACAUUACUAAGUUCUAUGUUUGU